AUGGGGAAGGACGAGGAUGAGCUGGCGUGGCCGCUGUCGUCGGUGCUGGGGGAGCUGCGACUUCUGGGGCUGUGGGUGCCGCCGCCGGGCCGCCGACUGCGCCACCGGCUCCUGCUCGCCUUCGCCAUGGUCUCGCACAUCGCACUCCUCUUCAUGGUCAACGGCAGCUUCAUCGUGAACACCCCUACUGAUCUCCCGCAAAUCUCUUUCGUCGCUUAUAACUGCCUGACCGACAUCGGGCUCACUUCCAAGAUGUUCUCGUUUUCGCUGGACGGGACUCGCGUGACGGAGCUGUUGCGGCAGCUGGCGGUGUCCCGUCAGCGCUUUGCCGAUCGCGCAGGGCACAGGGCCCGUAACCACGCCACUGCUGUCAAAAUGCAUCGAUUUCUGCAGGUGACCUACAGAGUGAACUCAGCGUACUGGUUUGUUGCUCCCAUCAUCAGGAUCAUAACGGCUCCAAGGUCUGAAGAUGGUUUACCAGUCAGGCGAGAUCUGCCCAUUCCUAUGUGGGUGCCAUUCGACACCCAACCGUCGCCGGUCUACGAGAUCCUGUACUGCCUGCAGUUCGCUUUUGGAUGGGCCGUGUCUGAGACCACGGUGCUCGUGGACGUCUCGCUGAUCGCACUCAUGCUGCAGGUGUCCGCGGAGCUGGCGGUCCUCAACGACAACCUCGCCGCUGGAACUGGGCCGCCCUUGCAGCUCUUACCCGCCUCAGAGUGCGACACCAGCGACUCAAAGCUCCAGUCUACCAAGAAAUUACCGUCGUUGUUGGAACUGCCAUAUCCUGACUCUCUGCAGGGAAGAACUCCUCAUACAGACAAUUCGGAAGACGAGACGUAUCAACAGCUGUUGAUCAACGUUCAGCACCACCAUAUCAUUAUCGGUUGCGUAGGCCUCCUGCAGAAAGUGUUAAGUCGCGCGACGUCAGUGCUUCUCAUCUGCAACACGAUCUCCAUCUGUUUCCAGGUCAUCGCUACCGCAGUGCUGUUGCAGGAGGACGGAGAGGUAAUGCAAACCCUCAAGAUGUUGAUGGGUUCGACGCUUUAUGCUUACCAGGUGGCGCUCUUUUGUCUGCUCGGUCAGAGGAUCAUCAAUCAGAGUGAGCAGUUGCCGCGGUCAGUCUUCAGUGGCGACUGGCCCGAGGCAGACGUCCGCUCCUGGCGUAUGGUCCUCCUGCUCAGCUUGGGUUCCUCGAGGGCUCUCAAGCUCAAGAUAGGUGGGCUCUACGUGCUGUCCAGGGAGACCCUGUUGCAGAGGGACCAACAACGCUACAAAAUAUAA